UGGUAUUAUGGUAUGUUCGGCAGCCUUUGCCCAGGAAGUCUCCAAUUGUUGUAUUAAGGAGCUGAAGAGGAAGACGAAAACAGCAGUUUAAAAUCAGGUCUGGGAGAAUUACUCUGUUGGUUGUCAUAUUUUCUACAGAAAGCAGAGAUGGGCUUGUGGAGCUGCAGCCUUUUUGUGCUGUUCUGUGUCAGUGGAGCUUUCAUCAGAGAAGUACAUCUGGCUACUAUAUCUGAUGUCGGGGGACACAAAGGCGGUCAGAGACAUAUUCUGAUGGAAGAAGAUAACACUUUCAGUAACAGCACUAAAAUAAAAAGUAAAACUGACCCAGAUGAGGGCCCAAAGUCAUUGGAUUGGUCCUAUAUGGCCGCGGGCCUCGGCACAGCCCUCACUAUUUCGCUCCUCAUCGUGAUGACCGUCAAGUUUCGUCUCUUUCAUCGCUUCUUGGCCAGCUACAGACACUCUCUGCUCGAAGAAGCUGACGGGGUUAGCCAGUACGGUCAGGACGAGCUGCACUUCCCUAACAGCGUGAUGGGUACAAUAAGAGAGGGGUCUGGGGGGAAUCACAGAGGUUUAGAUGACGAUGAUGAUGGCUUCAUUGAGGAUAACUAUAUCCAGGCCAGUGAGAAAGACAGGGCAGAGAGGGAGAGAAAAGAGGAAGAGGAGGAGGAGGAAGGGAUAGAAGACAGCGACGAUGAUCUUCAGUUCACUAUAGCGUAAUUUGAUAAAGGGAGACUUCAUCAAAGAAAGCUGCUUUACAACUAAGAUAAAGGAGAAGAAAGAAUUUGAUUGAAAGUCAACAGUAUAGCCCUGAUUAGAAACCUUCCUGGCUCUUGACCUUUAAAUUAAUCUAGGGAAGCAAUGUGGCACAAGGAAAAACACAAAGUCUUUUUGGGAUUAUCUUCUGACCUUAUUGAGGAGUACUGAGCCGAAAAGGAAUAAAUGUCGAAAUUGAAUGAUCCCCAGUUGCCUCAAAACUUCCAAAGCUGCAAUAACAAUUGGACAAUUGGAAUCAGCACAUUUUUAUAGUAUGAUAUGAUGACAGUUAUAACAAGACUGAACUAAAUUCAGAUUUUUGAAGGAUGUUACUGCCUCUCUGCCGAUUCAGUGAAGCAAGAAAGAAUAGACUAUAAGCACAGUGAAAUGUUUAACGUAAACUUUACUGGACUGGGACAGGCAAAAGUUUGACUGCACUGAGUCUACAGUACGUUGGACGUCUUCUUUGUUCACCUUUUCAUAUACGUUGCCCUUUGUUGUGUAAGCUUUUGCUAAGACGAUCUCAUAAAUCAAAAUGUAACAAUUCAAUUAAUCUCCAUUUAUUUUCCUUUUAUGCAGAGAUAAAGUCCCAAUUAUAGCUGAACAUUGUAAGUCUUUGAAAAUAAAUGUAUUAUGUGAAUAUCCUUUUCCAAGCAAAUGGAAGCUAUUGUUGUACCCUGCUUAUUAGUUGUAUUAUAAUACCACCUGCGAAUCACUUGUAUUGUUGUUAGGAAUUGAGUGAUCAAGCAAUUUAUUCAUAAUGAAGUUAGGUGGGUGUAUGAUCACAUUUUGGCAAUGAAUUAACAAAAGAGAGGUGAGCAACUUGGCACUUCUUUAUUAGGUGUAUGUGUAGAAAGUUACAGAUUUAACACAAUAAGAAUCCAAUCUGUGUGGUAGGCAGGAACCUGAGUGCAUUCAUGUAAAAUAGCAAAACAUAGUUCAAUGCAUUUCUAUGUACAGUAUUGUCUGAAAUCAUUAACUGUAUGAAUAGAUUCUUCACAAUACCAA